AUGACCACUUUUCAUCCUCGGCUACUAAGGCUUCCCAGAAUUCAAGUAGUACGCAAGCACCUAACCAUUUCUCACCAUCUCCAUCGCAAUCUAGCUUCAACCACCACGCCAUUCGAUCCUCUCAGUAGUGCUCUCUCUCCAACCAGCCCAGAACCCCAAAAUGCCACCGCAGACCGGGCCAAAAUCAUAGCCAUGGAAGUCUCAAACUGUACCAACAUUCAACAACUGAAUCAACUCUACGCCCACCUAAUCAGAACGUACUUUCUAGAACUCAAUCCUGCCCCAUUUCAUUGGAACAAUAUCAUGAGGUCAUACACAAGACUGGAGUUUCCCACCAAGGCACAACAUUUAUAUAUUGCCAUGUCAAGAGCCGGUGUCAUGCCAGAUACUUACACUCUUCCCGUUAUUUUGAAGGCUUUUUCUAUCAAUUUCGAUGUUGCCAUGGCUCGUCAGUUUCAUUCUGUUGCGAAAAAGUUGGGUCUCGACUCUAAUAUGUUUUGUGAGAGUGGUUUUAUCAGCAUGUAUUCUAAAGCAGGAGAGUUUGACAAUGCGCGUAAAGUGUUUGAACAAAAUUGUGAGAGAAAAUUGGGUUCCUGGAAUGCGCUUAUCGGAGGUUUGUCACAAGGAGGGCGUGCCAAGCAGGCGAUAGCAAUGUUCAUGGAGUUGAAGAAAAGUGGGUUGGAGCCGGAUGAUGUGACUAUGGUUACUGUUACAUCGGCUUGUGGUUGCUUAGGGGAUUUGUAUCUAGCUCUUCAGUUGCAUAAGUGUGUUUUUCAAGCUAAAAGUGUAGAGAAGCCGGAUGUUUUGAUGUUGAAUUCGCUAAUAGAUAUGUAUGGUAAAUGUGGUCGAAUGGACUUGGCUUAUAAGGUGUUUUCGAGGAUGGAAGAACGAAAUGUAUCUUCUUGGACAUCAAUGAUUGUAGGCUAUGCGGUGCAUGGGCAAGCACAUGAUGCGCUUGAAUGCUUCCGUUGCAUGAGAGAAGCAGACGUGAGGCCUAAUGAGGUGACUUUUGUUGGGGUGUUGAGUGCGUGCGUGCAUGGUGGAACUGUGAAUGAGGGGAAAUAUUUUUUCAACAUGAUGAAGAAUGUGUACGGGAUUGUGCCCAAGUUGCAGCAUUAUGGGUGCAUGGCAGAUUUGCUUGGCCGAGCAGGGUUGCUUGAAGAGGCUAGAGGGAUGGUGGAGGAGAUGCCAAUGAAAGCAAAUGUGGUGAUUUGGGGUUGUUUGAUGGGUGCCUCUGAGAAAUAUGAAAAUGUGAAGAUGGGGGAGUGGGUGGCUAUGCACUUACAAGAAUUGGAACCCUGGAAUGAUGGUGUUUAUGUUGUUCUUUCCAAUAUAUAUGCCAGCAAAGGUUUGUGGAAAGAGGUUGAGAGGAUAAGAGGGAUUAUGAAGGAAAGAAGGCUUGCCAAAGUUCCUGGUUAUAGUUUGGGAACAAGUUCAGAUUGAAGUCCAGAAGGUUAGUAUUAUUGAUGGUCUUUAAUUUCUUAUCAUUGUUUUCUGUCCCAGACUAGGUGUGUCUGAUGUCGUGUAUUUAGUAUUGAGCCCUUGACCAAAAACGUGUGCAAAAAGAGUGCCUUGGAAUGUGCUGUGAUUGUAUAGCCUUGUUGCACAUUAUGAUAGUUCUGUUUUUUAGGGAAAGUAAAAUGAUUUCCAUUGAAAUUGAG